GCGAUAGGAGGCGUCCGAGACAGUUCAACUGGUCAAUGUUGAAUCCGAAUAUUUCUUUCAAGCCAGCAAAUUUCCGACGGCAAAGCCUAUUAAACUUAAGAAUGCGCUUCAGGUGUCUCACUUACGUACGUCUUAAUGCCAGAGACCGCACUAUAUCUUUUUAUAUGACCGUGCUAAUUCAAAGUAAAAUGUUAUUUCAUUAGUCAUUUUUUGUUUGUUUGCUGUUGUCUUCCAUUCACCACUGUCGAAGUUUACCCUGCAAACGUUUAUUUCCGCGUUCCAAAACCCGGAUGGUGGGUCUUUUAUUGAAUAAACUCUGACGUUCGUCGCUUCUCUGUUCUCUGUUGUCCAGUGUUGUAGUCCGUCUUAAAAAUGCAGCUGAAGAGCGUUGUGAUCCUGCCGGGGAACGGCGCAGGGAAUAUCGAGCACUGUAACUGGUACGGAUGGGUAAAGAAACGAAUAAAUGAAAUAUCCGACGUGUCUUGUGUGCUGAAGAACAUGCCAGAUCCUGUGACGGCCAGAGAAAGCAUUUGGCUUCCGUUUAUGGAGAAGGAUCUGAAUUGUGAUGAAGAGUCAGUAAUUAUCGGACACAGUUCAGGAGCCGCUGCAGCCAUGAGGUAUGCAGAAACACACAGAGUGUAUGCCCUUAUUCUGGUGGGUGCUUACACCACAGAUCUGGGAGAUGAGAAUGAACGUGAAAGUGGAUAUUUCAGUCGGCCAUGGGAGUGGGAAAGGAUCCGAGCAAACGUGAAACACAUCCUUCAAUUUGGAUCCACAGACGACCCCUUCCUGCCUUGGGAAGAGCAACAGGAAGUUGCUGAUGGAUUGAAGACAGAUUUAAAAAAAUACUCAGACCGCGGACACUUUCAGAAAACAAUCUUCCCAGAACUCAUUGAUGCAAUAAAAAGACUCAAAACUGACAGUUUUAAGUGAUAGCUAACCAAAAAAUAAACUUCUCCCAUCAUUUACCCUCACGAA